UGUACCGUACUGCCACGCCACCUCGCUUCCGAGUUCGAUUCAAUACUGUCGUCCAUGUGAUAUCACCAUUUUCCAGAGGACUAAAUCUCUGUCGAGUGAGAAGGAUAUCUUACACCAUGGAUGGAUUCUGCCUUCUCUAUCUGCUUCUGAUCCUCUUGAUGAGAUCUGGUGACAUUGAAACCAAUCCAGGUCCUAACACUGCAGCAAGUAAUGUCAGUGACAUGGAGUUCCUGCAGCUGGCCCAUGAUAUCCAACCAUCUUACUACGAGGCUGUAGGGAUAUCCCUAGGGUUCUCUUAUGCUCAGCUAGAGAAUAUCCUGAUUCAGAAGUGGAAUAACUAUACCAAUGCAUUUUUGCGGGUAUUCAUGAAAUGGAAUGUCAUGCAGCAACCUCCACACUCAAAUAAACGGCAGCUUUUGGCAGACAAACUACGAGAGAUUGACUUGGGUGGCUUAUCAGACAGAUUACUCAAUGAACCAAACAGCACAGGAGGGCCAUCAAGACUGCUCGAAUCACAGACCAAACCUCCUUCAGCUGAAUCUCAGACCAAACCACUUUCUCCUGAACUGGUUGAGCAGUGUGCAAAUGAUUUCAAGUUCAAGUACAGGUCAACUCUAUGUAAGAUUAGAGCUGAUCCUCUCGAUCCUGCUUCCAUUGUGCCGUUUAAAGACAUGUAUACUAAUCUCUUCUUACUAGAAGAACAUGGAAAACAGAAGCGAAAGCUAGAUUACAAUGAUAUCCUCGAUCUCAAAGUUAAUGGAGAGUUCCCCAAGCGGAUCAUGGUUCAGGGAGAGGCAGGGGCUGGAAAAACUACAUUUUGUGCUAAGAUUGCCUGGGACUGGAUUGAAGGGAGGCAUUUCAGUCACUUUGUGUGGGUCUUGAUUGUUCCUCUACGUGAAUUUAAGCAACACACUAUUGGCGAGAUUGCAAAGUCUUAUCUGGACAAAAACAAUCCAGCAACGGUUUCUCAGAUUACUGAGUAUAUCCAGUCAAAUCCUGGCAAGGUAUUCAUCACAUUCGAUGGGCUAGACGAAGUCAGUGGUGAAAUCGUGAAGACAAAAUCCUGUAAUUCAAAUUCUACUGAUCAAAUGCAACUUCAGCCAUCACAGCCAAGUGUCAGCUCAUCUGGUAAUAUAGGACUUGUAGAUAUUCUUUGUUCAGAUCAACUUGCCUCUUGCCCAGUCUUGGUUACCACUCGCCCUUGGAGAGCAGUAGAGAUCAGAUCCGAUGGUGAUCUAAUGAAGCUCUACACAUUCAUUCAUGUGGAGGGUUUCAACAGAGAGAAUUUGUCAGUUUACAUUCACAAAUACUUUCCAAAUAAUGAGGAUAAAGCAAAUCAGCUUAUCCAGUUCACCAGUGAGAAUGAUGUCAUAUCUGAAAACAUGGCCCACUAUCCUAUAUAUGUAGCCAUGUUGUGUCUUAUGUGGAAAGAAGUUGGUGAGCAAAAACUAAAGGAAAUGAAAUCACUGAAAACUUUUUCUCAAAUAUUCAAAACAAUGAUUGCCUUUCUAAAAGAACAUUAUGCUCAAAAAGAGGUGAAGAAAGUAGGCAGCCCCUCACUUCAUGCCUAUUUGAAAACAAUUGAUGAGCUCCUUGGACCAAUUGCCAAGCAGGCCCUCCAUGGUCUGCUAGAAAAUACCUUGGUUUUCGGUGAAGAUGAUUUCAAAAUGUGCCCAGAAUCCAAGGACACUGCCUGUAGGGUCGGGAUUUUGUCUCAGGAGGACAGAAUUACCACUAGUAUGGACAUGCAUAAGGGGAAUUCUUAUGUGCAAUUGCCAGUCUUCUUCCCUCACAAACUGUUUCAGGAGUACAUGGCUGGAGUCCAUCUUGCUUCCCUGUAUGAAUCAGAUCGUAAUGAAUUCAACAGGCUGAUUGAGCAAGUAGUGCUGCCAAGGAAUUGGGAGUUCAGGUAUCUCCUGUACUUCACUGUGUCACAGCACAAAAGUAUUGCAACCCAUAUAAUGAACUCUAUGCCUCAGGGACUACCGAUAAGCAGCUUGAAUUUCUUUAACUGGCAAGAAAAGUUAGAUUUCAAUGUUGAUGUAGCCUUUGAGAGUGAGGACCCAGAUGUAGCAGCCUUGGUGAGGGACAAGCUUUCAUCAGAGGAGAUUGUGCUGACCAUAGGCACAUACACGACAGCACACACUGUAGCUGGUUAUGCAUUCAUUGGACCACAUGUGGUUAAGCUCAAUAUUUGGAGAGAUUGUGGACCUACUAUGUCACUUGAUGUGGCAGAGAUGAUGUGCUCCGUGCCAUCCUUGAAGGAAGUUUUUCUUCAUGAUGCCGCAUUCCAUCAUUGUUUUUUUGAAACACUUGCAAGGAAAGGAAAAGAAUCAAAGGUGAGCAGUUCAUCCACAAUUAUGAGAUAUGUUUGAGUUUUAAUUUAAGUUCAUUCCAUUACCAUCUAUUCCUUUUUCUAA